GUAUAAGUCAUACACUCGCACGCACUCUUAGACCCACAUGGUAAAACAUGUUAGUGGGUGUUUCUAUGAUUGAUAUAUUGAUCUGUUUUGCCUUUUGGGUCUCUCAAGAAUUCAACCAAGUGGCCGUCACCUUGUUUCAUACUCGUAGCCUAUUUCAAGCAGGUCGGGGGACAAAGAUUCAUCAUUUCAGCUGCUGGGGUUUUCCCAGAUAAACACAAAGUUUGCAUCUUUCUGGCUGAGCUCUUAUGUUCCAGAGCAGUGGCUGUUCUUGUGCACUCUUUAUCCUAUACUGAAAGAAAGCUUCAAUCUUGGUGUACUGUUUCAAGGCUAGUUUCUGCGUAGUGAUGGAGAAACAGGCCAGUUUCAAAAAUGGAGUAAUGUUAAUGGAAAAGCAGAGAAGUUUCAAAGGGCUGAUGGAAAAGCAGAAAAGUUUCAGGAUAGCAGCAGCUAUGGAGAAGCAGAAAAGCUUCAAAAGGGGAAAGGAUUCCCCCGGGAAGCGAGGUGAUAACCCUCUUCACCUCGCGGCACGAGGGGGGAAUCUGAAUAAGGUGAGAGAUAUUAUGCAGAAGUUUGAGGGUAAGUCCUUGAAGGAUUUUCUGUCAAAACAGAACCAAGAAGGGGAGACGGCUCUUUAUGUUGCCGCUGAGAAUGGCCAUACCUCAGUUGUUGGAGAGUUACUGAAGCACUUAGACCUUGAAACCGCAUCUGUUGUCUCCAACAAUGGAUAUGAUGCUUUCCAUGUUGCAGCUAAGCAGGGCCAUCUUGAAGUGUUGAAGGAACUCUUGAAUGUUUUUCCCAACUUAGUGAUGACAACAGACUCAACCAAUUCCACUGCUCUACACACAGCAGCCGGUCAAGGGCAUUUUGAAGUGCUCAGUUUGCUUCUUGAAAUUGACUCAAACCUUGCUAAGAUAGCCCGCAACAAUGGUAAGACUGUUCUCCACACAGCAGCAAGGAUGGGUCACUUGGAAGUCGUGAAGCUGCUUCUAAACAAGGACCCCAGUAUUGGGUUGAGGACGGACAAGAAGGGACAAACGGCCUUGCACAUGGCUGUGAAGGGUCAUAAUGUGGAUAUUGUGCUUGAAUUGAUCAAACCAGAUCCAACUGUAAUAGCUAUAGAGGAUAGCAAGGGAAACACUGCACUCCAUAUCGCAACUAGGAAGGGACGAGCUCAGAUUGUUAAGUGCUUAAUAUCGAUUGAAGGCAUCAACAUAAAUGCAGUCAACAAGGCUGGAGAAACCGCUCUCGACACUGCAGAAAAAUUUGGAACCCCAGAUAUUGUGGUGAUGUUAAAAGAGGCGGGGGGCACUCGUUCCAAGGACCACCACAUAAAGCCUCCUCCAAGUGCCGCAAAGCAACUCAAACAAACCGUCAGUGAUAUAAAGCAUGACGUACAAUCACAACUUCAACAGAGCCGUCAGACUGGGUUCCGUGUGAGGAAAAUAGCAAAGAAGGUGAAGAAGCUCCACAUUAGUGGCCUUAACAACGCCAUCAACUCCCUUACACUCGUUGCUGUCCUCAUUGCAACCGUUGCCUUUGCUGCAAUCUUCACCGUUCCGGGGCAAUACGUCGAGAAGGAGAAGAAAGGGUUUUCUCUUGGGCAGGCAAAUGUGGCGAACAAGGCGGCUUUCAUUGUCUUCUUCUUGUCCGACAGCCUGGCAUUGUUCAUCUCCGUAGCCGUUGUGGUUGUGCAAACGUCUGUGGUUGUGAUUGAACAGAAGGCGAAGAGGCAGAUGGUGUUCAUAAUAAACAAGCUCAUGUGGGCGGCUUGUCUCUUCAUAUCGAUCGCAUUCAUCGCACUCACAUAUGUGGUGGUUGGGGUUAGGGAGCAAUGGCUUGCCAUAUAUUCGACUGUUGUGGGGGGAGUGAUAAUGUUGACAACGAUUGGGUCCAUGUGCUACUGUGUGAUUCGACAUAGGUUGGAGGAGUCGAGGAUGCGGAAUAUAAGGAGGACCGAAACGCUGUCACAUUCCUUCUCGUUGUCCAUGCCGGCAGUCGCAUCGGAUCCGGAGCUUUGUAAUGAGAACUACAAGAGGAUGUAUGCUGUGUAGAUGAGUCAGAUUGAAUUGAAAAGUAUAGAAAGAACCACAUGUGACCAUGUGGGGUUGUUUUAUUCAUUCAACAUGGCACCUCCAACUGGUUCAUGCAUAAACAGGGUGUUGGCGGGGAAAAGCUGGUCGCAUGGUUAGCUGCAAUGGGUAAAUACCAGGUUUCUAUUUGUAGUAACAAGAUGGUUUGUUGGUGCUGCCAUAUGUUGUGAUAUUUUUUUAGAUAAAGUCAUAAAGAUGUAGAACGAAAAAAAAUUAGUUGAUGCAAUUAAUAAUAAUAUCCUAUACGGCCAUAUGUUAAAUUCUUGCCUGUUUGUAGCAACCUGAAAAAUCUCAAGAGAUUUGAGGAUUACUUCUCUUCUAUAUAUAAACUAUAUAUAUAUAUAUAGAGAGACAACUAUUCUCAUGAGGCUGGCCUGAUGAGAAGCCUGCUAAGCCAACUUCAUUUUCACCAAAAAAUGAACUCAAUGAUAUAAUUUUGUUUGGUCG